AUGGCUGACUCUCCUCCACCCACUCCUUCUGACGUUCCGUUGCCUCCUUCACCGGAAACUUCUGACUGGGACCGGUCGACAACUCGGGAAAACACGCCUGCCUCUGACGUGCCACCUGAUCCGCCUACCACGCCGAAAAUGGGCAAAAUAAAUUAUAAAAUCGCCAAUACUACUCCUUACAAUGCACAGACAAGCGUUUGCGGUGUGUCUCAAUAUGAGUCGGGGAAGAGGAAGGGAGAAUUCUAUACCUCCCUCUACGGUGCUGAGGCUGGCCAGCAUCAGCAGGGCGCCUUCAGCAUGGAUAGCUUCUUGGAAUUAUGUUUCUCUGGCGUGGCUAUGGAAGAUGUAUUCUCCACUUUCAAGGACGACCAAGUGGAAGAGCUGCAGCGGCGGUUAGCCGCUAGUGUCGUGCUAAUGAUGAAACCUGUCGUUGGAAAGAUUCCUGCCCUACAAUAUAUCUUCACGAUCUUUAAAGGUCUCGCGGAUCGCGCCACCCUCCAGCCCUUCGUGGCCCACGACGUAUCACGGGCAUACCAGAAGGGCGACGAUGACCUCCACUCUAUUGCCCCCGACCUGGUUAUAGACGUGGGCGAUGAAGAGUCAGAGCCAGGGCAGUGGACACAUGCACUGGGUCUUAUUGAGGUGAAGGCGGACAAAGAGAAGGAUCCAGCUUUCAAUAACGUUAUCCCAAAGCGCAUGAACACUCAGCAAGUAGAAGCUUGGAGCCAGAUCCAGGAAUACGGUGCGGUCGCCUUUCAGGCUCGACCACACUGCUACUUGCUUGGUAUCGGCUUCUACGACGACAUCGCCCGAUUCUACAGAUGGGAUCGCUCUGCAGUUAUUUUCUCGACAUCCUUCAAUUACAAGGACAACUGCGCACCACUCCUGCGAUUUCUCUACGGUUUUGUUUUUUUUGGCAACAACAACAACAUGGGUGUUGAUGCCACAAUCACUCGUCCCCUGCCCAACAAUCAUGGGUUGUCCUUGGCCCUUCUACAACGGAUAUAUCGCAAGGCUCGAGAGGAGAAAGUCAUCCCUCGUGCACACAAGGUUGACCAAAACGCUCUAUUAUCUCAGAGCCUGACUAUGGUAGUUCCCUCAAGCCUAAACCAUGCGAAGCAGGAGACUUAUGUUACUUUGAGUGGCCCGCUCUUCUCCUCGCAAUCUCUCUUCGGCCGCGGCACGAAGACCUGGUUGGCUGUGCCAGCGACAUUGAUAGACUCGGCCUGCCCAUUCGGCGAAGAGCUUGAGCAUGCAGUAGUAAUCAAGGACUACUGGCGAGGGGCUGAUCGGCUCACGGAGAAGGAGAUUUACGACCGGAUCCACGCGGGAGGCCAUGUUGUCGGUGUAGCUCGCUGCCGAACGGGGUUUGACGUCGAAUCAGUGGAUGAUGCCACCACACAACAGAUACACAACACUUGCGCGUCGAGAGUCAAUGCAUUGCUUCCCGAGGCCAAAUUUUGCCAGUGUAAACACUAUCGAUGCGUUCUGGAGUCGGUCGGUAUCCCACUGACUCGAUUUCGUUCAACUCGUCAACUCCUCGAGGCCGUGAGGGACGUUGUGAAAGGUGCGGUGAUAAGCCUCAGGAUCGUCUGA